CUGGUUGGUUACUUCCGCCUGCACCUGUUCCUGCUGCGGCCCCUAAAAAGUCGACCUCGGCUGCCGCCCCGCGGGGGUCGAGCGAGAGGGAGGGGAAGCGCUCGGGCCGCCGCACUGGGCAUGCUCAGACAGCCCGGCGCAGUUUUCGGCGGCUGUGUAGGAAGCUCGGGAGCUGAGCUGUGACCGUGAGUGGGCCCUCCUGACAGACGCCACACCGCCCCGGGUAGGCCCCACAGCACCUUGGCUGGCCGUGGGCGUCCCCCCAGCCAGGCCCCGCCGCCCGUCCGUCCGCCCGCGCCGCCCCCGGCCCGCCCCUGCUCGGCCCGGCCGCGCUCUGGCGCCCUGCUCCGGAAAGAUGGCUGCCGUCCGCCGGGCCCGCAGUCAUUGCCGCUGCCUGGUGCGCUUCUCCGACCGAGAACUCUGCUAAGCCAGGCGGGCCAGAGGAAAAAGAAGAGACCGAGCCGCGACACCGCGCCCCUGGAAGGGAGAGGGACGGGGCCCGCCCGACGCGGGGAGCCAGCCCCCAGCUGCCCACCCCGCGGCCACCGCAGCCGCAGCCGCAGCCAGCAUGGCAGAAGCUGAAGAAGAUGAUUGUCGCUCUGAUACCAAAAGAGCUGAAGAUGAUGAAAAUGCAAGUCCUGCAGAUGCAAACCUGCAGGCACAACUCCAGAUGUUCCGAGCUCAGUGGAUGUUUGAACUUGCUCCUGGUGUAAGUUCCAGUGGUUUAGAAACUCGAUCAUCCAAGGGAACAAGAGGGCCUUUAGUGAAGGCCACAGAUACCAAAGGAAAGCAAGAGCAGGCAAAAGAAGAAAAGGCUAGAGAACUCUUCCUGAAAGCAGUAGAAGAAGAACAAAAUGGAGCUCUUUAUGAAGCUAUCAAGUUUUAUCGUAGGGCUAUGCAGCUUGUACCUGAUAUAGAGUUCAAGAUUACUUACAACCGAUCUCCAGAUGGUGAUGGUGUUGGAAACAGCUACAUUGAAGAUAAUGAUGAUGAUAGCAAAAUGGCUGAUUUAUUAUCCUACUUCCAGCAGCAACUCACUUUUCAGGAAUCUUUGCUCAAACUUUGUCAGCCUGAGCUUGACACCACUCAGACUCACAUUUCAGUUUUGCCAAUGGAAGUCCUAAUGUAUAUUUUCCGAUGGGUGGUUUCUAGUGAUUUGGAUCUCCGGUCCUUAGAACAGUUGUCUCUGGUGUGCAGAGGAUUCUAUAUUUGUGCCAGGGACCCUGAAAUCUGGCGUUUAGCCUGCUUGAAAGUUUGGGGCAGAAGUUGUAUUAAACUUGUUCCUUACACCUCCUGGAGAGAGAUGUUUUUAGAACGGCCCCGUGUUCGGUUUGAUGGCGUUUAUAUCAGCAAAACAACAUAUAUACGUCAAGGUGAACAAUCACUUGAUGGUUUCUAUCGGGCUUGGCACCAAGUGGAAUAUUACAGAUAUAUGAGAUUCUUCCCUGAUGGCCAAGUCAUGGUGCUGACGACCCCUGAGGAGCCACAGUCCAUUGUUCCUCGUUUACGAACUAAGAAUAGCAGAACUGAUGCAAUCUUACUUGGUCAUUAUCGCUUGUCCCAGGACACUGACAAUCAAACCAAAGUAUUUGCUGUGAUAACUAAGAAAAAAGAAGAAAAACCAAUUGACUACAAAUAUAGGUAUUUUCGUCGAGUCCCUGUGCAAGAAACAGAUCAAAGUUUUCAUGUUGGUCUACAGCUUUGUUCCAGUGGCCAUCAGAGAUUCAACAAGCUUGUCUGGAUACAUCAUUCCUGCCACAUAACUUACAACAUUUCAUGAAGACCAUCUACUAAGGCAUGCGAGGGGUGGUGAUCUUCAACCAGGGAAGGAGUACCCCACACGAAUGAAACUACGGAUCUUUUGAAGUAUGUACCCAUUACUGUGCUACAUACUAGCUAACAAGAGAUAGGAGACAUAAGAUAGUCUCUGCCUCCUCAAGGGGCUUAUUAAGAGAGAUAGGAUCUACUUGUAUGAAAUAUUUAGUGAAAAAAUAGUCUUAUCAUGUAAGUGCUAUUAUUAUUAAUUGUGUGGCAUAAAAGUCAAUUUUUCUUUUUAAGUUAGAGAAGAGAAAGUGCUUGCAAAGAAAAUCAAAUUCUUAUAGUUAAAUUUGAGAGAAUGCAGGCUUUUAAAUUCCAAAAAGAUAUAACCUUUCUUAUUAAAUUCUACAUUUUGAGAGAGAAGGUCUGAGCUAUCCUUUUUUUUUUCACAGUUCUACCAGCAUAGUUUAGGGGCUUAUGAAGAUUAUUUAAAAUUCAUGUCAUUUUCAGGUAUAUAAACAACAUUUUCUCUACCCAUUGGGAAGUUCCUAUAGACAUGAGAGACCAUUUUUAUUCCUCUCCAACCCUGGCCUUGAAUGGGGACAUACAUAGUUCAAAGCAGUAGAUAAUCCAAAAGGCAUACUACUGUCGUAUACUAUAUCCUGCUACAGGGACUCAAGCAGUGGAGAAGAACCAAACUCAGCAAAUGUACAAAGCAGAUGGCAAGCAGCUCUUAUUUGGUUUCCACUAACGUGAAAAGCAAUUAGUCCUACAGGGAGAAAAGAACCCUGUCCCAGAAAUAAGGCUUUUGUGUCAUCUUGGCUUCUUCUGUUGUGGUGCUGGUCAGUCACUUAACUUUUGUUCUUCUUUCCUUAUCUAUUUCUAAAAGAAAAGAGCCUGGACCUGGCACUUUCCUUCCUCUUACCUUAUGUUACACUGUUGAUCAUACAAAUUCUGAAUGACUAAUUCCUUUGUGCCCUAAGAAAUUUAAAAGCAUUUUAAGAAAAUUUAAAUAAAUUAUAAAUUAAUAUUUUGACAUUCUCUUUCUAGAUCAACUGGUGAGACUGCAGUUACAGCUUUUGAAAUUGACAAGAUGUAUACCCCCUUGUUCUUUGCCAGAGUGAAGAGUUUUACUGCUUUCUCAGAAAAACCUCUUUAAGAAUUCUACAUCUUUCCUCUUAUAACUCUUGCAUGGGUCUAAAGUGUAGAGCAAAAGAGCACUUAAGUUAUGAAUAUGUAUAUAUUUGGAACUUAUUUUAAAUUGUUGGGGUUUUUUGAGAAAAGUAUAAACUGAUAUUUUUAUUUUGAGAUAGUUGAUUUGGGAAAGUGUUUUGUUUUAAAAUUAAGAUUAUGAGUUGUCUUAAGCAUUUAUGUUGUCAGAAACAAUAUGAGCUGUUUUAAUCAUGUCAUUUUUCAAGCAGGUCUCUAAGCAGUUAUCUUGAAAUCAAAUCUUCAUCUGCCUGAUGACUAUAAUAUUUACAUGAGUCAGGAAUGGACUCUACUGCAAAAGAAUUUUGCUGUAUGUGCAACAUAUAGUAUAUGUUUUCUGAAGGCUUAAAAUGCAAAAAACAAAACCUUGUUCUACAUUUGUUUGAAAUGGAAGAGACUAAAUAAAUGUUUCUUUCAAGAAAA